UCAUGGCUCUGUUUUGUGCGAUCAGAGUGAGCUGCUGCUGUGGAAGCAACUAUUUAUUUUUGGCAUCUGACAUUAAGGCUCACCCUUAGCCAUGGCAGCAGCCCCACACUCAGCACCGGGGUCUGACUGGAGCUCCGCGUGCGUCCUUGUGAUCAGACCCACUGACAAUAAUGGAUCUCAUUUAUAACAGGGACUAACCGACACGAACUGUCACACCUGAAAGUGUUUUGAGCCUCGGAGGAGCAGCAGCAUCACAGACAUCAUGACCAAAGAUGAGGAGGUCCCCGACUGGGUGGGAGCCCAGGAGUUCUACGAGAAGUACGAGUCCAAGGAGAUUCUGGGCAGGGGAGUGAGCAGCGUGGUGCGUCGCUGCAUCAACAAGCGGACGUCUCAGGAGUACGCGGUGAAGAUCAUCGACAUCACCCCCUCGGACAAGGUGACCCCGCAGGAGAUGGAGGAGAUCAGAGAGUCCACGGCGAAGGAGAUCGACAUCCUGAAGAAAGUCUGCGGACAGCACAACAUCAUACAGCUCAAAGACUGCUAUGAAUCAAAAGCCUUCUUCUUCCUGGUUUUUGACCUGAUGAAGAGGGGUGAACUUUUUGACUACCUCACAGAGAAAGUUACUCUGAGUGAGAAGGAAACAAGGAACAUCAUGCGUCCUCUGCUGGAGGUGGUGGAGUACCUCCACAACCAGAACAUCGUCCACCGUGACUUGAAGCCUGAGAACAUCCUCUUAGAUGAUGAGAUGAAAAUCAAACUCACAGACUUUGGCUUCGCUGUGCAAGUCCAGCCGGGACAGAGGCUCAAAGAGGUGUGUGGCACCCCUGGAUACCUGGCCCCUGAGAUCAUCCAGUGCUCCAUGGACGGGGGGCAUAAGGGAUACGGUACUGCUGUGGACAUAUGGAGUUCAGGGGUCAUCAUGUACACGCUGCUCGCAGGCUCUCCGCCCUUCUGGCACAGGAAGCAGAUGCUGAUGCUGCGUAUGAUUUUAUCCGGGAGCUACGACUUCUCUUUACCAGAGUGGGAAGACCGCUCAGACACUGUGAAAGAUUUGAUCUCUCGGAUGCUGGUGGUGGACCCAAAGCUGCGAUACACAGCUACAGACGUCCUCAACCACUCGUUCUUCUCACAGUAUGUGGUGAAUGAAGUGCGACAGUUCACUCCAUACAGGCGGUUCAAGGUCAUUUGCAUGACUGUCCUCGCCACGAUGCGGAUCUACUGCAACUACCGGCGUGCCAAGCCUGUCACCAAGGAGGUGAUCAUGAGCGACCCGUACGCCAUCAAGCCAAUCCGCAAGCUGAUAGACGCCUGUGCUUUCAAGAUCUACGGCCACUGGGUCAAGAAGGGACAAACUCAGAACAGAGCAGCACUUUUCGAGAACACUCCCAAAGCCAUCCUGCUGUCGAUGGCUGCCGAGGCCGAAGAGCCGGUGCAACACAUCUGGUGAAGAGCUCAGGACUGAUCUGCUGCAGAGGUUCUACUCAGCUUGGCUUAUUUUGCUCUUCUGUUGUAUAAAGGAAAUGAACUGGUAAAACAUCACCACCAGACAAGGUUAAUUAUGUCUGUCUUUAAUCUGGAGAGCAUUUAUUGCUCAAAUACAGCAUUAUUUAUUACAGAGUAAUUGAUACAGCAUUAUUUAUUACAGAGGAAUUUAUAUACCUCAAAAACUGCCAAGUUUGGUAAAGAUCUCCCAUACAAAUGUAGAUAGAAAGUAAAAUGUACCCAUUGUUAGCUGUAUAACCUGAGAAUGUACUUAUUUGAUGCAUGUCUUAAGAGAAUGGAGUCAGCAGCCACCCUGUUACAUUACCAAAAGGAAAUUGUUUAUCAAUAGGCAUCAAUCUUAAUAUCUGUAUAAAAUAGUUCCAGCUCAUCUCUACAACCAAUUUGUUUAAGAUCAGAUUUGAUAUUUUAAAGUUUUAUAGAAUCAGUGAAAGCUUUGCUGGUUGUAUAAAUGACACUGAUACAUUUGUUUGGUCAGAACUUUUGUCAGCUAAAGCAAAACAUUUGAAAUAACCAACAAGUGGCAGACUUGGAUAUUAGACGGUAAACCUGAAAAGGCAUGGACUUAAGAUGUGUGUGUGUGUACUGCGUGGCUCUUUGAUUAUUGAGCAGGAUGCAAUGAACUACUUGUCUAUACUGAUGACAGCGUCAAAGAAGUAUUAUAUUUAUUGCAGUUUAAAAUGUAUGCUAUGGAUUUAUUAAUUAAAGGUGCAUUUAAAU